UCUUAUUUAAAAAGGGACAGUGUUAUUGAGAUAAACGUUUUAUGGCACAAUCAUACAGACGGAUAACGAGUAGGACACUGAAAUUGGUCAGGAUACGCUGUGACAUAGUGAACGUGUGUUAUAAUUUUGCAUUGUUCUGGAAAACAAACGAAAAUGAGUAAAUUAUUCAGCUUCAAAUCCAGUGACUUCGAAAAUGAAGCCCUUGAAGUUCACAAUGAGUACAGAAGAGAACAUGGUGUGGAACCACUCAUACUCAACAAAGAAAUUUGCAAAGUCAGUCAAAAAUGGGCUGAAGAGUUAGCGAAACGAGACGCUAUGGAAUACAGCCUUAACAAAAAUUACGGAGAAAGCAUCUACUGCGGAUGGACCACAGAUUCCAACACAAAAAUUCGAGCGAGAGACUGCAUUGAUAAAUGGUACAGCGAAAUCAAUCAAUUCUCAUUCGGCAGAGAACCAGAAGAACUAAAGUCUGGUCACUUCACACAAAUAAUAUGGAAAGGAACAAAGGAAUUAGGUAUUGGAAGUGCAAAAAGCAAAUCUGGAAAACUUUACGUAGUCGCAAAUUACAGCCCUCCAGGAAAUUAUAGCAAUCAAUUCACAAAGAAUGUCCCGCCACCUGGUGCUUUUCAGUUUAAAAAAACACCAUAUCCUGAAUCUCCGAAAGGAUCCAACAAUAACGUAGCACCUUCUUCUCCAAGUCAGAGAAACAGUAAAAAUUUGGGUGGACUAGCGUCCGAUUUGGUAAACAAAUUCAAAUCUUCUUCUAUAUCAGGUGACAAAUUUGAAGAAGAGUGUUUGCAGGCUCAUAAUGAUUACAGAAAGAAACACGGUGUGCCCCCUUUGAAAUUGAACAAGAAAUUAUGCAAAUAUGCUGAAGAGUGGGCCAAAACAUUGACUAAAACUGGCAAAAUGCAACACAGAGAUCAAGAUGAAUAUGGGGAAAAUAUAUUCUACGCUUGGUCUUCAGAUCCUAAUUUCGAAGUGUCUGGAAAAGAUCCCGUUGAUAAAUGGUACAGUGAGAUAAAAGACCACAAGUUUGGCAAAGAGCCUACUGACUUGGGCACGGGACAUUUUACCCAAGUCGUCUGGGAAGAUACUCAAGAAGUGGGUGUAGGUAUGGCUAGGUCCAAAGAAGGACAGGUAUAUGUAGUUGCAAAUUAUUCCCCACCUGGCAACAUGGUUGGCAGUUUUGCCAAAAAAGUACAUCCUCCGAUCAACUAAAAAAAUUACAUUCCAUUUUAUACCAAAGAUAUUCCAAAUAGUUUUGAUGGCCUAUUUAUUUUAUUUAUGUUUUUUUUUUAAUUAUUAUAGAUUGUUGAAUUAACUUAAUUUAUAUAUUUAUAAAAGUUAAUUUUGUAGUA